AUGAGCUCAAUAGAACCUCUAAUCACAGCAAUUGUAAACUAUUGUCGUGUUCUUGAUGAGGCCUCAACUCCAAGAGUGAAAUUAUGGAACCACUCCUUUCUUGAAAAGUGUUCGGAAUGGUGCUUAUUUAUCGAAACCGAAUUAAUGAUUCAUUCCAAAGAUACAAGGGAAAAAUGUUAUCAGCUGGCAAGCAAGAAAAUCGAAUAUGUUCCGAGUUUAUUGCAUUUACUAGAUGCACAGCACCAGCUCUACAAGACACUUCUCAUCAAUGAACAUGUGACUCUUGAUCUCUACUAUUUCAUAAUGAAGACAUAUGAUUUCUUAAAUGCAGCAGGUCAGCCAAGACCUGAUAUACUAACAAAGUACAUAAAAAAUGCUGUUUAG